AUGAUUUCCUCUGGAGUAGCUCCUGCUCCUCUUGCUGAAAGUGAAAACGUUCCUCAAGUCUCCGGUUUGCUCGAUGGAGAUCUUGGUGCCGAUGAGCUCAACGAGAUCCCCUCUCUCCUCUUGGAUGAUUGCCAGUUCGAACCCGAUAUGUCAGAGGUGGUAUCCCUUCUCAGUGAACAGCACCCUGCCACCCAGAUCGCUUUGACUGCUUCUGCCAUUGAUGGAGCUCUUGGCUGCUUCGAAUUCCUACCUGAACAGGUCGAGUCAGCUCCAGCAGCCUCCAUUGCUACCCAAGAGAUAACCGUCCAGCCAACCACUGUGUCUGUUACGGGUACGGAUUUUGCGAGUAUAGUUUCGGACGAUUCCGGCAUGAUUUCCGACGAUUCCGACGACUCGGGUGAUUCGGCAAAUCCUGGCAAAAGGCGUUCUGUCAACAAGAAGAACAGUCAGGCGAGUAAGAAGCGCCGCAUUGAUGCCCAAUCUUCCCCUGUGGCAAGCCCCCGCUUGACUUCUGUUGCACCACUUGCCGUGGUCUCUCCCAUUUUGUCGUCGUUGUCUGGGAUGGAACAGGCCAUGCUUGCUGAUCCCACACAAGAAAAUUCCCUCGUAGAAAUUCCAGAGCUUCCUGAUUGCAACACCGCAACGGAUGUCAACAACAAGGUUCAACCCUUAUUGCCUCGUCCUCUUGAAGCUAAGAGUGCACCUCUCGAAGAAGUUACCUCCGCGCCAUCACCUCCAUCUUCCAAACGAGCGCCUCUCAAGGUGGACCCGCUGGGUCCAGUCAAUGUUAGCUCGGAACACAUUCAGAUGCUGACCAGUGAAAGUGGCCCUGCCGAAUGUGCCAAAGUCAUCACCUGCAAUCUCCCCAGCUCAGGCGGUCGCUCCGGCAAGCAGCAAAUGACAGCUGCUGAGAGAGCCCAAGCAAGUCGCGACAGAAACCGAGAGCAUGCAAGGAACACUCGCCUCCGCAAAAAGGCAUAUGUGGAAGAACUCAAGCGCACUCUGAUGGCUCUCGCGGAACAAAGGGAUGCUGAUCUAUUGCGUCAAGAGCAAGCAACCAAAAUAAAAGAGGAACAACGUAAAGUGAGAAUGUUGGUGCUACAAGAGUUUUUGAAGAUGCAUGGCGGCAACAGUCAGGAUUUUGGUCGCUGGGCUGCGAUCUUGAUGCCAUCUUUCUCUUUGCGCACUCCCACUAUCAGCAAUAUCGACGAAACAGUCCUCGACAAGACUUUGAUCGGAGUCAACCAAGUUGUGGACAAUUCGAGGUGCUUUUCUGGAUUCCUGCAAACACUUGGUAGUGUCAAUGCUUCUUCCAUCGUGACAGUGCACUUUGACACCACUGGAAGCACCCUCAUAAUGGACGGUAGCACUGCAGUCUUGGACUGGGAAGCCAUGACUGUUGGAGCUGUGAACAACGGCGCCAAAGAGGAAGUCAGAUUCCAUGGCAACAUCAAGGCUGAAUUCGAUCCUGAGUCCAACAAAGUCGUCUCUGCUGUGAUGCUCUUCGACAUGGGAGGUAUCCUUUCUCAGAAGAAUUGGUUUGCUUCUUCUCAUUGA